CCCAGAUGAAUAAUGUCGUACCGACAUCACCUCUGCUUCCACAACUGGCUCACCCACACUCUUACCCAAGCAUGGGACAGAUUACAAAUCCAUACGAACAACAGCCUCCUGGAAAGGAACUGAAUAAGUAUGCAUCUCUAAAAGCAGUAGCAGACAAAAGUAACGAAGAUUUCUACUCCAAACGGCGUCACCUGGCCGAGCUGGCUGCCAAAGGGAGUCUCCCCUUGCACCCGGUACACGUGGAGGAAGACCGACCGUAUAUCUUGGAAGGGGGCACCAUGAAACAAAACGGACAGAAAUCCAAAGUCGCCAAGCCGCAUAUGCAUCCCUUGGCUUACAAGACCUGGGAUCCCAGCGACCAGUCCCUUCGAAGGCAAGCCUACGCAGCCAAAGGGAGGAACUUCAUGGGAGACCCCGCCGCCAGGGACCCCUUGACCACAAGGAGCCAGCAUUAUUUACCCACACAGCCAUAUUUCAUCACUAACAGCAAGACAGAAGUGACUGUUUGAGAGGAAGUUCCCUUCGGGGCACCUUUGUUUUUUGUUUUUUUUUUAAAAAAAAGAAAGAAUGAAAAACAAAGCAAAGAUGUGUCAAGAGGACAACCGUGGAAACAAACGAAGAAACCCAGGUUUCACUUGAAGCCAGGAAAGUCCAAACAUCCCUGGCUGAAGAGAGACGGAGCUAUCUCUUCCAAGGGAAGCACCUGUCCAAGACUGGGUCAGCGCGAUAUAGCAAUAUUUCCGACGUUUGCUUAGACUUUUCUAUUCCACCUGGGAAACUGACUCCUUCCGACUGAAUCCCCUUCCUCCUCUCCAAACUGAGAUCCAUGAUGAGAAAGUAGCACAAUUUAGAGACCGCCGUCCAGUGGCUUGAGGACUCUUUCCCACCUUCCAGGAGAGGAAGGGAAAAACUUUGAUACAAUCAGGAUGAUUAUUCCUGUGAUGAUGCUGUUGAUGAUGAUGAUUAUUAUUUUUUGCUACAAAUUUUCAGAAUGUUCUCUAGUAGUCACUCAAUCUGUGAACCGCAGAAGGCUGAAACCGAGAGCAGAGACCGAAAAGGGCAUAAUCCUGAUGGGCGUCCGCAGGGGUUUUUUUGGGGGGGCUGUUUUUUUGGGGGGGUAGGUACCACCGCUUAACAAAACAAGCAAGCAAGCAAAAAAAAAAAAUACAUGGAGAUCACACAUCUCGUGUUAAGGAAGAGCAUUGACUCUUGCGCCAAUCCUACAAGACUGUUACCAUUCAAUUGAAUUAUGGAGACUUUCUCAUCGAUUGCAAAGCUCGGAGUUUUUCAGUCUUACGUCAUCUGUAUGGGCCACAAGUGACAUGGUCAGAAACUCCUUAUCCUCUCCUAAAUCCCUUCAUCCCACAGCACUCAAGUUAUUUUCUCUCCAGCCUGCUUGGCGUAUUUUUUUUUUCUUUCUUAACCUAGUUAAUUAUUCCCAGUUUUCAAUUACUUUGGGACUGACGAUAACUACUGUAAGCGUGGGUGGUGCCUUUACCGUAUUAUUAAUGUUUGAUGACUGUCUUGUUUUUAAGUGAAAUCCGUACCGAUUUCAGAUGCUUCCCUCACCUCUAAGGCUUCUGUUCUCUUCUGUUUCUUUUUCUUUUUCUUUUAGCUGAGAAUACACUAACGUCACCUUUAUAAUGUCUUUUUUUUUUUUGCAAAGCCUGGAACUGUCAUUCCUUCCUGGUCACUUCUCCUGUUGAAAACUGACUUUCCCUGCCUUCUGAUUUUCGGAGUGUUCUGUUGUUGCUGUUUAUGUUCCUUUAAGACUUGUUUAAGUCUGUUUUGAAUAUUUCUCUUUUCCUUCCUUCCUUCCUUCCUUCCUUCCUUCCUUCCUUCCUUCCUUCUCCUUCCUUCCUGGUUCUCACCAAAUCUUCCUUCC